GCCAUUUUGAACCCUGUUAUACAUACAGUUUUUCCGACUGUGUUUUUGAUUGAAAAGUUAUUCGGGUAAAUAUUUGGAUGAUUAAGAUGGAGCCGCCAAGCGAGUUUGCUGAGAAGCCAGCCACCCAUGACCACCAGCCGCGGCUGAACGAGGUGGCCCAUAAGUUUCUGGCCGACUUGGACGAGGAGCGCCAGCGUUUGUCCGCAGAAUUUCCACUAUGCGCACUGCUAAUCGACGAGGCUGUGGACCGAGUCUACUGCACGGGUCGCAUUCCCGGCAAGGAGUUCUACGCGGAUGUGUACAAGCAGAAGCCGAUGAAGAUCACCCAAAAGGUCUUCGUGCCCGUCAAGCAGUAUCCCAAGUUCAACUUCACUGGAAAGAUCCUGGGACCCAAGGGCAACUCGCUGCGCCGGCUGCAAGAGGAGACCCAGUGCAAGAUAGCCAUCAAGGGACGCAGUUCGAUCCGCGAUCGAAACAAGGAGGAGCAGCUGCGCAACUCGGGUGAUCCGAGGUAUGCCCACCUGCAGAAGGACCUCUUCCUGGAGGUCAGCACGGUGGCCACGCCGGCGGAGUGCUAUGCCCGCAUAGCCUACGCCCUGGCCGAGAUCCGUAAGUAUCUAAUUCCAGACAAGAACGAUGAGGUUUCCCACGAACAGCUGCGAGAACUGAUGGAAAUGGAUCCGGAGUCGGCCAAGAGCAUACACGGACCCAACCUGGAGGCCUACAGAUCUGUCUUCGACAAGAAGUUCGGAGGCAGCAGCAAUGGAGCCCCCAAGUACAUCAAUCUAAUCAAACGAGCUGCGGAAAAUCCGCCCGAAGUCGAUGAUGGGGAGGAGGUGGCCUACGAAUAUGAGCACCGUAUGCCCCCCAAGCGUCCACCCACGGGCUAUGAGUACAGCAAACCACGUCCAUCAAUAAUACCGACAAACGCAGCGGCAUAUAAACGUCCAUAUCCGACUGACAUGAAACGUAUGCGCGAACCGCCCAUCAAGUCCUAUAAGCCCAAUCCGUAUACCAUACUCAAAAAAUAUAAAUAAUAGUACCGAGCUGCGCCGUGCGGAGCUCCGGUUGAUUACGCCACACACCGCUAUAAAAUGAUAACUAAGGACGAUGUUUAUGUUAUAAAGCCCAUUCUGGGAGCACUAUGAAUAUACCUAAACCCUAAUAUAUUCUUGGUCUAACAAGAAGAAAGCAGCAUUUGAAAUGUCGCUAUGAGUGAAUAACGAGUAACAUUUAUAAAAAUGCGUACUUGCGCUAUCAAUUCCCACAAACAUAAUAUUAAUCUUAAUUUAUAAUUCGCAUAAACCUGUUGGAACUGUUGAUGGUUC